AUGGUUCCCCCCGUUCUUGCCACCGUUGUGAGGGUCUCGCGCCCUGCGGGGUGGGCGUUCGGGCCCAUCCUCUUUGCCAUCGGCCUCGUCCACUCGCCCCACGGUUCCGCGGGAAUCGCCAAGUACGCCGCGCUCCAGCUAUUUUCGCUCUCCUUCCCGCUUGCCCUCGUCGUCUUCGGCGUGAAUGACGUAUACGAUUACCCUUCAGAUGCCCGCAACCCGCGCAAGCUCGCCGACGCCCUCGAGGGCACCGUCCUCCUACCCGAGUUCCACCCCGCCGUCACCACUGCCGCGUGGAUCGCCACCGCCUUCAUAUCCGCCACGUCUCUGCUCUCCGCCCGACGCGCGAACAUAUCUGUGGUCACCGUCUUGCUGGCACUCGCGUGGCAGUACUCCGCGCCCCCGCUACGGUUCAAGGAGCGCCCCGUCCUCGACUCACUCUCCAACGGCGCGAUCGUCGACCUCGCCUACCUCGCCGGCUACACUGCAGGUGGAGGCGCUCUCGACGCGCGCAUGCUCCGCCUUCGCGGACACGUCCUCGGGCUAUGCACGGCCGGCGUGCACGCGCUCGGCGCUGCCGUCGACGUAGCGGCCGACGCAGCUGUCGGCCAGCGCACCAUCGCGACGGUGUACGGUCCCCGCGCUGCGGCAGCCUUCGGACUCUUCAACUUCCUCUUUGCGUUUGCAGUCGAGCGGUCGUUCUCCGUGUUUGGCGUCUACAUCCUCGGAGGCAUCGUGAUCAUGUCUUCCGUCAUUGUCGAUCUCGGGCUCUCGCAUCUCGCGUUCCAAACGGUCGUUUACUGGACUGUGAUCAUGUCCGUAGCGUGGUUUGUUCAGAAAGCGACAUCGUUCUCCAAGCAUGUGUGA